CGCUCUCCCCGCCUGCCGCAGUCUCCAGGUGCCGGACACUCCGCUCUGACCUCACAUACGACAACAACGCCCUUGUUAGACCAUAUGCUCCCUCUUCCUGUAAACGUCGUCCUAGUCUCCUUGAGUCCUGGGAUCCGCGUCAUCCGACGACUUGUAGAAAUUCCGUCAUGGUCCUCGUCAUACGAUGCUUUCCUCCUGGUUGCAGCGUGGUGGGCCGUCGCUCUCCUCGCAGAACCCGCGCUGCGAUUCUUCCUUCCUGUCCUCGUCGCCUCUGGGAUCUCGUUGUGGGCAUGGGGGCGCACGGGAGCAACGUCGAUCGCGCGCGCCUCUGAACGAACAAUUCAAGCGGUUGUCACCGACCUGACCGCCAUUGAGAGUCUUCUCCCUGCUGUCCCAGUGCUAUCGCCUCGGCUCCGAAACCCCAAAGUCCUAUUUCAUGCUGCACUCAUAUUCUACGUGCCCUACCUGGUCCUCAUCUACUUGUUCCGCCUACGCGUCUUGGUGGCCCUGUGCGGCACGAUCAUUCUCACCUGGCGAGCCCCUUGGGUCAGUGCGCUGCGAAAACUUCUCUGGAAGAGUGCCUGGUUUCGAUGGACCGUAUACUAUGCGACAGCUAAAGUAACCGGCGAGCCACUUCCUUUCGCAUACCAAUCUUCCGCGAAGUCCGUCGCCUCCGCCUCUGUUUCCUCAGCCAAGUCUCUCCGGUUUCUUUUCACGGUGUACGAGAACCAAAGGUGGUGGAUGGGUCUGGACUGGACCGCAGCACUCCUUCCCGGCGAACGGCCCUCGUGGUGCACUCACUCGCAGGCGCCCGUGUCUCCGCCGAGCGCAUUCCUUCUUCCGGACAACACAACUAUCGUGCUACCCCAUCCGGAUGGAAAGGGCCGCAUCAAACGCUGUGCUCGCUGGUCGUGGGAAGAAGACGAAUGGCGUGUGCUGAUCCGACGGGAGGGUGCGUCAGGCCCUUCACGGGUCGAGAAGCCGUUGCCCAGCGAGAAGGAGGAGAAUGCUGGCCUUCUUGCCAAAGCGGCUGCCAAGAUGCGUGAGCCGUCGACACAUCCGCCCCCGUCAGAAGACCAUUCACAUUCGGAAACGGACAAGACGAGUGCUAGUGAGGAAGAGGAGGAGGAGCUGACGACCGACGAGGAUGGAUGGGUGUACGAGGAUAAUAAAUGGGAGAAACCCAGCGCGAAGGGCGGCAUGGGCAAGUACACACGAUUCCGCAGGUGGACCAGAGUGGCAGUGGUCACCGAAACAGUGGAACCAGCAGCAGAAAACGAAGAGGAUGUGCUGCCGAAGCCUCCACUGCAUGAUCCUGUCCCAAUGCCGCGUUCAGAGAGUCCGGAAUCCGAGAAAUCUCGAGACGGGAGCCCGUUGAGGCAACGACUGAAGAAUGUGAUGCACAAAGCGGCACCUAGCACGCUAUGA